AUGAAGAAAUUAAACAUUCGUUCAUUUGGUAUAGGAACUUUAUUGAAAUAUCCCCCAUUGAUCUCAUCAGAUUCCAAAUAUGUGUUUACAAUUGGUGAUGGUUGUGUUUAUGUGUGGAUUGUGAAAACAGGCGAAUGUUUAAGACUAAUUAACCAAAAUUCAGUUGAUCAACAAGCAAUUAUUGGUAUGGCUAUUAAUCCAAACAAUCGUUUACAAUUAUGUAUUGGAGAACAAAAUGGUCUUAUCAAUAUUUGGGAUUAUGAAGAUGGAAUUUUGAUUCAUACAAUCAAACUUGAAAUAGAAUUGAUUCAUUUAAGUUCGAUAUCCAAUCAUGGUUUAUACGUUUUCGGGAAAAACACCAAAAAUGUAUAUUCUCUCAAUCGAAUCGAAUCAAUUCGUCAUAAAUGUUCACCAACUGUUUUAUUUGAUAAACUUCCAUGUCUUCCAACAAAUAUUUCAUUUGAUCAAAAAGGUGAAUAUGGAUUGUUUAUCAAUAGUGAAGGAAGCACAAUUUAUUUGUUAAAUUUAUUAAAUUUACAAAUAAAAACUUAUUCAAUAACAAAACAAAAUUUAUCAUAUCAUGAGAAAGUGACAUGUGCACGAAUUCAUCCAACCGAAGAAUGUUUAGCAUUAGGAACUCAAUCUGGACGAAUUGUUCUUUGGUAUAAUUAUUUGAAUUCAUCAAAUAAAGAACCAACAAUUUCGUAUUUACAUUGGCAUUCAUUACCUGUGAUUUGUUUAACAUUUUCAUUUGAUGGUUCAUAUUUAUUUUCUGCUGGUCAUGAAUGUGUUCUUGUCAAAUGGCUUUAUCGAAAAAGUGAACCGACAUUUUGUCCUCGUCUUGGUGCAUCGAUUCUUCAUGUUAAUUCAUCGAAUGAUCAAACUUUUUAUGUCACAACUCAUUCAGAUAAUACAAUUCAUCUGAUUGGAAGUAAUCUUUCGAUAUUACAAACAAUUGGAGGAAUUAAUCAAAUGUUUCUUCCACAACAAGCAUCUUUGCCUGCUGGUAUUCAUGUGUUUGCACGACAACAAGCACUUGUUAUGAAUAGCGGAAAACCUGGUUAUCUUCAAUUUAUGUCUAUGGAAAAUGGAAAAUUACUUUAUAAUUUGGAUAUUGUUGGAGAAAAUUAUGUUUCACCCAAUGAAAUAACAGAUCAAUGUCUUUUCACCGAUAUCAAACGUUUAAUUCUUGAUCCAACAGAUACGUGGUUAGUUACAUUUGAAGAACGUUCAACAAAUUCGAUGAAUGAUGAUCAUCAAAAUGAACGAAAACUUCGAUUUUGGAAAUUUAAUUCUAAUUCCAAUCAAUUCGAAUUGAAUACAAGUAUUACCUAUCCACAUGGACAAGAAACAUUAAAUCAAAUGUUAUUUCAUCCGUAUAAACUUGAAUUAGCAACAACAGGCAAUGAUGGAUUCAUCAAAGUUUGGACUUUUAUACAAGAAAAUCCAAUAACAAAACGCGUAUCACAUUGGCGUUGUUUAUCUGGUCAUACUCAUCGUUCUUAUACAAGUAAUGCUUUAUGUUAUUACAAAUUAUCUUCAUCUGAUCAAAUAAAUUUGUGUUGUUCAUUUGAACAUUUGGUCACUGUGUGGAUCGAUACAAAUAAUGAAAAAAACGAUGAAUCUCGUUAUGAAUAUUCACGUUGUUUUGCUCAUUAUGAUCGAAAGAAUCCUGUUGAAUAUCUUCAUUCAUCAGCCGAUCAACUUCUCGUUUGUCAUAAAACUUUAGUUAAUCUUUGGAAUUGUUUAAAUGGACAAUUUAUUAAAUCAUUUUCAUGGCAUGUUCAUGCUUUAGCCAAAGAUCCCAGAUCAUCAUUUAUCGCACUUUUUGAUAAAAGUUUUCUUCAUUUCUAUUCGUUUUCGGAUGGAAAAUGUCAUUCGCGGAAAAGUUCGUUGUUUCGUCGUGUAACAUCAGCUGCGUAUAUUCCGAAUGAAAAAUCUUCUUCGUUUGUUCCAUUGCAACAUUCAAGAUUGAUUUUUUAUAUUCCACAAGAAGGUUUGAAAACAUUUGCUGAUGAUGAUGAAGAAGAAAAUAGUUUAAUUCCAAUCGAUGGAAAAUUAGAAAUGGAAACUACCGAGAAAAAUCUUUUAGUUAAUUUAAUUCGUCAAUCACAAAAUGAUUUAGAGAUAAAUUCGAACAACAAACCGAAAUCUUUCGAUGAUUUAACGAAAUUAAAUCAAAGAAUUAAUCAUCUCAAUCAACAAUUCUUAUCAACACCCGCGUAUUUGUUACCAUCAAUUGAUCAUUAUUGCAUCGAUUCAUUAAAACGAAUGUUAUUACCAACUGAUAAUCAAAUAACAAAAGAAAAUGAAUCAACUGAUCAGAUGUCACUUGAGCGUUUAUCGACGAUGUCUGUUGAUUCGGAUGAAGAACAUGUUUGA